CUUUCCUGAAAAGCCGUGCAGUCUACAACUAUAUUUGAAAUGGCCGAUUUAAAGGAAUCAGCGUCGGGCAUCGAUGGGGCAUACGGAUUAAAGUCCAAGCGGACGGACGCAUUCGACCUCUCAGGAUCGAAUCUCCCAUGUCGUUUCGAAGGGGAGGUCGGAGAUAUGAUUGUCUGUGGCGACAUUCCCAUAGAGAUUGAUGGAACUUUUUAUCGGGUGAUGGUGGAUCCAUUUGUGCCACCUGACCCAGGAAAUGUUCCUCUCGAUGGCGACGGCAGCAUCUCCGCGUUUCGUUUCCAUGAUGGACGAGUUGACAUGAAAAUGCGAUAUAUUGAGACCGAGCGCUACAGGUUGGAGCGAAAGGCUAGAAAAGCGCUGUUUGGGCUCUACCGAAACCCUUUCACCCAUCACCCCUGCGUUCGCGGAGCUAUCGACUCCACAGCCAAUACCAACCUGAUAUAUUGGGCGGGUUACUUGCUCGCAUUGAAAGAGGUUGCAUUACCCUAUGCAGUAGAUCCGGACACGCUUUCAACGAUCAAGUACGAUCCCUUUGAGUCCCAGGUACGCUCGAAAACAUUCACCGCUCAUCCAAAAGUCGACCCCUUCACCAAUGAGCUUGUUGUGUUUGGAUACGAAGCAACAGGCCUUGCGAGCCUGGACGUGGCCACAUACACCCUUAAUUCUAAUGGGAAGAAAGUCGAGGAAGAAUGGCUCAAGUCGCCUUGGAGUUCAUUCAUCCACGAUUGUGCUCUCACUGUAAACUGGCUGGUUUUAGUUAUGUGGCCCUUUGAAGCCAGCCUGGAUCGCAUGCAGACUGGUGGGCAUCAUUGGGCGUGGAAUUACAGCCGCCCAGCAGCCUUCAUCGUUGUGCCUCGGCGGAAGCGCACGAAGCGCCCUUCUAAUUGGGCUGCGGAUGAAAAAUGUCGAGUGUAUCAAUGGCGAAACUGCAUGCCUCUUCACACGGCUGGUGCCUGGGAGGUGGAGGAAGACGAUGGUGAUAUUAGAAUCUGCGUUGAAAGCUCCCGGGUCCUCGACAAUGCAUUUCCAUUCUUCCCAUCCGAUGAUGGCCGAACACCAUCUGCAGACGCGAAGAGCGAUUUUGUGCGCUGGGAGCUAGAUCUCAGUGCCCCUUCUGGCUCUUCUAUAUCGGACCCGCAAGUGAUCCUUGAUCUUCCGUGCGAGUUUCCGCGCAUCGAUGAGCGCUUCUUAACCAAGCAGUACAACAUUGUGUUUCUUGAUGUGAACAUACCAAAAACUAAGCCAAAUGGGCAAACUAUCUUCCAAAACUUAAAUGGGCUGGCAAUGCAUAGUCACAGGAGUGGGGCAACGACUUUCUUUUAUGCUGGCGAGAAUUGUUCUGUGCAAGAACCAGUCUUCAUUCCAAGGAACAAGGACGCCCCGGAAGGGGAUGGUUGGGUCCUUGCGAUGAUAGAGCGAAAGGUUAUUAACAGAUGUGAUAUUGUUGUCAUCGACACAGCCCAGUUUGAUAAGCCAGUUGCAGUCGUCCAGCUACCGUUCCAUGUCAAGGCACAGGUACAUGGCAAUUGGGUAGACUCAGUCCGCCGAGAGGGCUCUGAAGCGCGGAGCCUUGUGCAUGAGCCAGAGGAAAUGCCUAUUAGUGGGAGGGGAGUCCUAGGCCCAAUGAUUUAA